UGGUUAAAAUUGUUUAAUAACAAAUACUUGCAAGGGUGCACUAAUGAAGAUUCUGUCACUUCAAGAUAUUAAACAUUGAUUACGACGGUUUAUAAACAACUGUAAACAGAAUUCGAGGAAGUGGUUUGAUCAACACCAUGACUAAUAUAACCACAGGUGCAAACUAUCAGACUCAUCAAAAAUCCUACGACAAGUGGUGGCAAAUAUUCUGCCUACGGUGUCAUCAAGAAGACGAAACGCCAUCAUGGGAACCGACGUGGUGGGGAAGGGUUUUCCCAUUCCCCAUUUUCUCCACUUAUAGGCAAAGUGCACAGCAACUUUUAAUUAUUAUGUUCUUUCUCCUGUCAUGGGGAAUAUUAUACGCAGUAAUAGGGGAACCGGUAAGUUUAAACGGGGAAAUUCUCAGCAUGACACUGUUAGUCAUCGCGGCGUACUUAAUCGGGUGGUUGUGGCUAAAAAUGACCACAUUGCCGGCACUUAUAGGAAUGUUGCUGACCGGGAUCAUUUUUCAAAACGCCGGGCUUGUGCAUAUGACCGAUAAUUAUGGAAAACUUAACCAGAAUUUGCGAAAAGUCGCUCUGGUCAUCAUACUAACGCGUGCUGGGCUCGGUUUGGAUGCAAAAGUCCUACGGAAGCACUACGCAGCAGUUCUUCAACUAGGCCUUUUACCUUGGCUAGUCGAGUGUUUAUGUAUCGCUAUUACAACGCACUACCUUCUAGCAUUGCCAUGGAUUUGGGGUUUCCUCCUAGGCUCUAUGAUAGCUUCAGUGUCACCUGCUGUUGUAGUUCCAUGCCUAUUCCGACUAAAGGAUGAAGGAUAUGGAGUCGCUAAAGGUAUACCGACAUUGCUGCUCGCGGCUGCUGCUAUCGACGACUCGGUCAGCAUAGCUGUAUUCUUCAUUAUAAUUAACGCCAUGUUUUCCACGGGCCCCGUUACUUGGAACAUCAUAAAGGGUCCAUUAUCAAUCGUCGCUGGCGUAUUACUAGGAUCUUUGUGGGGUGCCAUGACUUCCGUUAUUCCGGAAAAAGGCGACAUUUACGUAGUUCCUUUGAGAUUUCUGGCCUUGUUUCUGGGCGGACUAUUCUCAUUAUUCAUAUCAAGUCUAAUUGGAUGGAGCGGUUCAGGUCCAUUAGCCAUCGUCUCUUCUGGAUUUAUCGCAGCGUAUUUUUGGGAAGAGCAAGGUUGGCCCAUUAACAAGAACCCAGUAAGCAAUAUAUUCAGAAUACUAUGGAUUUUCUUCGAGCCAAUACUCUUCGCGUUUACUGGAGCCCAAAUAACGAUAAGUGCUCUGGACCCACAAGUGGUAGCCAUGGGCGCGGUCUGCCUGAUUAUCUGCCUUGUACUGCGAAUAACUUCUACACUUCUGGUGAGCUUUGGCUGUGGGCUGAACAUUAAGGAGAAACUAUUUAUUGGCUUAGCAUGGAUGGCUAAGGCUACUGUACAGGCAACACUUGGCCCUGCAGCAUUAGACAUAAUAAACAGCGGAAAUAGUUAUGGCGGUCCUGAGGAGUUAGUCUAUGCUAAAGCACUUUUGACUGUAAGCGUCCUUAGUGUCGUCAUUUCAGCUCCUACCGGAGCCAUCUUCAUCGCACUGACCGGGCCCAGGUUAUUGAGCAAAGAUGAAACAGUAAGAUCUUCAGAUGAAGAAAACGGCCGUCAAACGGAGCUAUCCUCAAUAAUACAUCUUUAAGAUGACAUGUACUCGUACCUCUCCAUCCCAUAAUUUUAUUAACUUCUAGGCAACCUAUCUUGAGUUUUUUGGCGGAUCAACUAUUUCUUGUAUCGAAUCAACUUUUUUUGCAAAAAAAAUAUUUUUUGUUUUUUCCUUACAAUAUUAUUUAAUAUUGAUAAUAACACUUCCAAAAAUUGCAAAUAUAUAUCGAGCAUCGCUCGUUCUUGUGUUUUGAUGGAAAUUAAACAAAGAUGUGAUAACACACUCACGUAAAACGUCUACUGAGUCACAGAUACGGAUUUCUUGAUUAUGAUAAGAAAACUACAUUUAAUGUAAAAAUUAUUUCCUUUAUUACUGAAAGUAAUUAAUAAUGAACACAGUUACAAAAUAAAAGGUACAAAAGUCAGUCUCAAUUUUGUAAUACUGGGGUUGAUUUUGUCUCUUGAGUCACAUGGGUAGUUUGAUGUUAAUAUUUUUUAACAUAACUCAGUAUAAACUCAAUAUAACUAAACAAAUAUAGUGACGGUACUUAACAGAGUUCUAAGCGAAACAUUAUUUGUAUAUAAUGUCAAUGAAUGUUUCUUAUGAACUGUUUAAAAACCGGUAAUCUGUUGCAAUUUAGGGGGACAUUGUUAGCGAAGAGACAAAACAUGUGACUCAAGAGACACAAUUACACUAACCUUGAAGAGUAGGAAAAAAAUAUUGUGCUUUAACACUAUUCUAGCAACUGAAUCACUAAUUAUCGGUAUUAAAUUUAACGUAGUACGAGGGCUGUUCCGUAAAAAGUUAGUCAACGGCGUACUAUUAAUCAUAUUCAUUUAAUUUUAGUGUAGCUUAAAGACAAAUUUCAUUACAAACUCUUUCGUGUAAAUGUCACUGGCCAGUGACAUUCAAUUAUUUUUUUAUGAAAUCAGAAAAAAAACAUGUCUGUCACUUUUUGUUCGCAAAAAUGGAGCUAUCGCGGGAAGCAUUUCGUGCUAUGAUAUAUUAUGACUAUAGACGAGGGUUAACAUACAAGGAUUGUCAUGAAAAUUUAACUAGUGUUUUUAGGUCAUUAUCACCAUCUCUUGCUACUGUCAGUUACUGGUUUCGUGAAUUUAAGCGUGGGCGGAGCGACGUCAAAGAUGAGCCUAGACCGGGCCGACCGCCAACGGCAGUCACUCCAGAAAAUGUUAUCAAGGUGGAGUGGCUAAUCAAGGAAUCUCGAAACAUUACCCACCGAGAGAUUCAGGACGAACUGAAGAUUGGAUCCCGGGCAGUUUCUACCAUUUUGCAUGACCACCUUCAAGUUCGAAAGGUUUCGUCUCGGUGGAUACCACAUUUUCUCACACAGGAGCAAAAAGAUAGGCGUGUCGAUUGGUGCAAAUGUAUGCUAAAAAAAUUCGAUAAAGGCGAUUCUCAACAAGUGAGCUACAUUGUGACAUCCGACGAAUCUUGGAUAUAUAGCUAUGACCCAUUUACAAAACAGCAAUCAACACAAUGGGUCUUUGAAGAUGAUUUACCUACUAAAGUAGUUCGCGGCCGAAGCGUCAACAAAAAAAUGGUUGCUGUUUUUUUUCGACGUAGUGGACCUGUAGCCGUAAUUCCACUUGAAGAUCAUAGAACAGUUACCAGCCAAUGGUACAGUGAAGUUUGCUUGCCACAUGCCUUCCAGGAGCUGAACGUCAGUCGUCCAAGUACUGGAACCCGGAGCAUAAUUUUUCAUCAAGACAAUGCUCCGGCUCACACUGCUGCCAGAACGAUGGAUUUUUUAAGCAAAUCAGGAGUUCAACUGCUACCACACCCUGCGUACAGCCCUGACCUGGCACCGUGUGUUUUUUUUCUGUUUCCCACGUUAAAAAAAUCAUUACGAGGACGACGAUUUUCUACGGCGGAUGAAGCAGUGGACGAAUUCAGGCGACUUUUUUUUGACCUUCCGCAAGAAGCGUUUUUUUCCUGUUUUGAAAGUUGGUUCAGUCGAAUGCAUAAGUGUAUAAAUGUAGCAGGGGAAUACUUUGAAAAGUUGUAAAUAAAGUUUUAUUAUAUUCCUUA